ACCCAUAAUUGCAUCGUCAUUAUAAGUACGCUAAAAGAAAUAUACUUAUUUAUAUAUAUAAACAAUUCCAACUGAUUGAAUCAAUAUUUACUAAACUGUUGAUGAAAGUGUUAGCUGUGUAAAAAUGUCUGAAAUAUUAGAAGUUGAAUUAAUAUACUUGUAUCCGCAAGAGAAUGCAAAACUUCAUCAUACUGAAAAUUACGAAUUACUUUAUGAUGAACCAGCCUGUCCGGUUUUACGUCGGGGUAAUCCCUUUACGGCCGUUAUUCGAUUUGCAAACAGACCGUUUAACGAAGAUACUGAUGUAAUAAAGUUAGUUUUUACUUAUGGGCCCAACGCUCAUGUUACCAAAGGGACAAAAAAUAUUCUACGAUUAACAAAAAAAACUAUUAAAACUCAUAAAAAUUUAUGGUCAGCGAAAAUUAUACAUCAACAGGAUACGACGUUAACUUUACAGAUCACGACAUCUGUUAAUUGUCCAGUCGGAAAUUGGAAUUUAUAUGUCGAAUCUGGCUUAGUUAAUUCAACGAUUCAAUCCCAAAAUUUUGAAUUUGAUGCUGAUAUUUAUAUUUUGUUUAAUCCAUGGAAUAAAGAUGAUGUUGUAUAUAUGCCAGAUGAGCGCCUAUUAGAUGAGUAUAUAUUAACAGAUGUGGGAAAAAUUUGGGUUGGACCAAUGGGUUCAAGUCGAGGAAGAGAAUGGGUUUUCGGUCAAUUUGAUAAAAAUCUAUUAUUGGGUACAAUGUUAAUGUUGGAAAGAUCAAAUACAACAUGGUCUACACGUGGCGAUCCAGUUAAACUAACCAGGACUAUAUCAAAAAUGGUAAACUCAAAUGAUGAUAAUGGAAUAUUAGUCGGCAGAUGGGAUGGGGACUACGAAGAUGGCACCGCUCCAGCUGCUUGGACUGGUUCAAUAGCUAUAAUGGAAGAAUUUUUAGAAAAUGAAGAACCUGUUAAAUAUGGACAAUGUUGGGUAUUUGCAGGCGUCGUUACUUCUAUUUGCAGAGCUUUAGGAAUACCAUCUCGCGUAGUAUCAAAUUUAGUUUCUGCCCACGACGCAAAUUCAACUUUAACUAUUGAUCGGUAUUACGAUAAAAAUAACGAAGCCUUAUCAAGUGAUCCUUUAAAUGAAGAAGGAAAAGAUUCAAUAUGGAAUUAUCAUGUCUGGAAUGAUGUUUGGAUGGCUAGAUGUGAUUUACCAAUCGGAUAUGGAGGAUGGCAAGCAAUUGAUGCCACACCACAAGAAACAAGUGAUGGAGUUUUUCAGUGUGGACCUGCUUCACUAGAAGCAAUAAAACAAGGUUAUUUGGGUUAUAAUUACGAUGUUGGAUUUAUGUUAGCAUCAGUGAACGCUGACCUUAUUAAUUGGAAGGAAGAUCCAAAAUGUGAAAUAGGUUUCACAAAAAUAUACUGCAAUAAAUACCAUAUUGGUCGAAUGAUCUUGACCAAACAACCAUGGAUAUUUGAUCCCAAUGGAGACAAAGAUCGUGAAGAUAUUACAAAUCAGUACAAACCCAAGGAAGGAACUGAGGCGGAAAGACUUUCGUUAAUGAAUGCAGUAAGAAGUUCUCAGUUGGCAAAGAAAUUUUAUGAUCUACCCAGUACUGAAAUGGAAGAUAUGGAAUUUGAUUUAGUAGAAUUGGAUCGUAUUAAUAUUGGGGACAGCUUUCAAGUAACCAUAAAAAUUAAAAAUAAAUCAAAUGAGCAACGCACAGUGCAGACUUCAUUAUCAGCUGCUAGUAUUUUUUACACAGGAGCUAAAGCUAAUUUGGUUAAAAAAUAUUCAAAAGAAAUUGUACUUAAACCACAUACAACUGAAAAAUUAAGUUUAAAUAUCACCGCUGAUGAGUACACUGAUAAAUUGGUAGAAUAUUGUAUUAUGAAACUGUAUGCAAUUGCCACUGUAAAGGAUACAAAUCAGACUUGGGCUGAUGAAGAUGAUUUUCAAGUGUUGAAGCCUAAUAUUGAUAUUAAGAUAUUGGACGAGGAAAUUACAGUUGGUAAAAAGAGUGAAGUAGAAUUAUCAUUUACCAAUCCCUUAAAGAAAACGCUCACAAAUUGCAAAUUCCACAUAGCUGGGUCAGGUUUGAUAAAAAAUCAAAGAAUACCAUUUAGAAAUAUUCGUGCAAAGGAACAUGUGAAAGCAAAAACCUUUUUUAUACCGAAAUCAUCAGGAGAUCAUAAAUUAAUUGCUACAUUCAUUUCCAAAGAAUUAGUUGACAUGACGGGUGCAGCCAAAAUUGAAGUAUUGGACAGCGAAGAAUAAUUUCAAUGAAUAUUCAAAAUCUGCCGUAAAUCCAACACUUCACGAAGACAACGCACGUAUUUAACACACACACAACAACAACUUGAAGAUUGAUGAUGUCGAUACGAAACAAUCGACUCCAAAGUCCAAAUUUUUUUAAAAAAUCCAAUAUGUCUCAGGCAGCA